GUCACAUCUGGAAGGACGCCUACGUGCCGCACGCGGAAAGCUUGGACCCGUGCAGGCGGGAAUGACGAUGCACGCUCCGGCCUCCACCAAGCCCCAGCAACAGGCCCAUGAGCUUGACAGGCGCACAACGGGGUGCACACAACGACAUGCUCCCCUUCACAUGAUCAGCGCGCCACUCACCGCCCAACAUGCUCUCCGCUUUCAGCGCCCGGCCGAUCGUCGAGCUAAAGCAGCGCGACAAGUCCAAGAUCGAGUCCAUCCUUGCGUACGGUGACCGCGUGCUUGUCGGGCUGAACACGGGGAGUCUGCGUAUAUACCGCGUUAACGAGGAGACUGAGCCCGCGCCCUCCCAGAACGGCACCGCAGGCACUGCCGGCGCUGCUGGCGCUGCAAACGGCGACACCAACGGCGACACCAACGGCGACCGCCCACGCACGCCAGCGAAAGCGAAGCCCGCGGACCUCCUGCGCGAAGAAGAGAAGUUCUCGCGCCGCCCGAUCCAGCAGCUCGGCUUCCUCAAGGAGACCAACAUCCUCAUCUCGCUGUCGGACAACUAUGUCUCCAUCCACGACCUGCAGACGUACCAGCUGCAGGAGAAGCUCGAGAAGACGCGCGGCGCCACCACCUUCGCCGCCGCCAGCAACAUCGUCAAGGACCCCACCACCGGCAUCCCGUCGAUCGUGAGCAGACUGGCGGUCGCGGUCAAGCGCAAGAUGAUCCUGUGGACAUGGCAGGACAUGGAGCUCAGCGGCGACGCCACCGAGAUCUCGCUCAUCGCCUCGGUCAAGAGCCUCACCUGGGCGACGGGCACGAAGCUCGUUGCGGGCAUGGACCCCGGUUUCGUCAUGGUGGACAUGGAGAGCCUGGAGGUGCAGGACAUCGUCAAGCCAGGCGCAAUGGGCGACGCUGGCGGCCAGAGCGGCGCUCGCUUCGGCGCUGUCUCGUCGUCGGGCAUGGGCUACAUGGGCAUGGGCAGCUGGGUGCCGAAGCCGCUUGCGACGCGGCUUGGGGAGGGCCAGAUGCUUUUGGCCAAGGAUGUCAACAGCUUGUUCAUCGAUACCGACGGCAACGCUAUCGAUAAGCGCCAGGUGCCAUGGCCGUUCGCCCCGGAGAUGCUGGCCUACUCGUAUCCGUACAUGCUGGCGCUGCAGGCACCGUCCAAGGGCAGCCUGGAGAUCAGGAACCCGGACACGCUGAAUCUGCUCCAGAACAUCUCGUUGCCGAACGCUACCUUUCUACACGUGCCACAGCCCAACAUCAGCUUGGCGCAUGCGGGCAAGGGCUUCCUGGUCGCGAGCGAUCGGUGCAUAUGGCGCAUGGGUGCGCAGAGCUACGAGACGCAGAUCGACCAGCUGACGGCAUCCGCCCGUUACGAUGAAGCCUUGAGUCUGCUCGACAUGCUGGAAGACACGCUCCUGCAGGACAAGGAGGGUCGGGUCCGCGAGAUCAAGAUGCUCAAGGCCGAGGCUCUGUUUCACGACAAGAAGUGGCAUGAUGCUAUGGACCUGUUCAUCGAUGCCAAGGCACCGCCGGAGCGCGUCAUAGCGCUGUAUCCGCGAGCCGUCGCUGGUGACCUUUCUCAUGAGGAGAGCGUCAGGGGUGAUGGCAGCGUAGCAGACGAGGAGGAGCUUGAGAGCGAAAAGCAAGCCGAGGAGGGCGAAGAGACUAAGAAGAUCAGCAGGGAAAGCACGUUCAACCCCGCCACUACCAUCGGACGAUCGAUGAUGGGUAGGCUGGUCGGCGGGCACAAGAAGGUCGACUCAGACACAGCGUCUAUCCGCUCUUCUGUCCGGGACGAUGCAGCAGAAACAGCGAGCAUCAGGCCUCCCAAGAAAGUCACCGAGACAACUCAGUCUGAUAAGCAGCUCGACUUCAGCAACGCCGUCCGAGCACUGCAGUCAUACCUCGCCCAAUGCCGCGUCCAGAUCAAGCGUUACAUCGACACCGACGGCAACCUCAAGGAGCCGCUCCCAGCACCCAGCGACAGCCAACCGGAAGAGUACAAACCCCCCUUCCAGUACUUCAUCCAAGACACAUCCGGCCCAAUCGACUGGACAGCAAAACUCCUGGACGUCGCCCAACUCGUCGACACAACCCUCUUCCGCGCCUACAUGCUCACCAAAUCCACACUCGCAGGCUCCCUCUUCCGCCUCCCCAACUUCUGCGAACCCAACGUCGUGCAGGAGAAGCUUUACGAAACAGGCCGCUACGCCGACCUCAUCGACUUCCUGCACGGCAAGAAGCUGCACCGGCAGGCGCUCGAACUGCUCGAGAAGUUCGGCAAGAACGAGGCUGAUGAGGAAGUCGCGCCCGCUUUGCAAGGGCCCCAGCGCACGGUAGGCUAUCUCCAGCAGUUACCGCCUGAGAUGAUCGAUCUCAUUCUUGAGUUCGCGGAGUGGCCGCUCCGCACGGAUCCGGGGCUGGGUAUGGAUGUGUUUCUCGCGGAUACGGAGAACGCGGAGACGCUGCCGAGGGAGCGGGUGCUUGAGUUCUUGGAGAAACUGGAUCUUAAGCUUGCGGUUAAGUAUCUGGAGCACGUCAUUGAGGAGCUGAACGAUCUUACGCCAGAUUUCCAUCAGAAGCUUGUAGAUCUGUUUCUGGAGCGGUUGAGGACGGGGACGUUUGAGGGCGAGGAGGAGAAAGUGAAGUGGAGGGAGAGGUUGCAGACAUUUUUGAGGACGAGCGGGAAUUACAACAAUUACCGCGUGUUCAAGCAGUUGAGCCCUGAUGAUCCGGAUUUCUUCGAGUCCCGCGCCAUCGUACUCAGCAAAAUGGGCCAGCACAAACAAGCGCUCCAGAUCUACGUUUUCCAGCUCAAGGACUAUGCAAAAGCCGAAGACAGAUACUGCAACACCAUCUUCCUCUCCGCCAGCACACCCGUAACAACCCCACACCCGCAAUCUCAAUCCGAAAAAGGCGUCCCCGACACCCAAGAACCAUCCAUCUACCACAUCUUGCUCUCUCUCUACCUAACGCCCCCGCCUCCGCACGCCGCUAGCUGGCCUCCCGCGCUCGAUCUGUUGUCGAAACACGGCGCGAGACUACCGGCUGCGACGACGCUGGAUCUCGUCCCGCCCACGCUCCCUGUCAAGGACCUGGAAUCUUACUUCAGAGGAAGGAUACGCGCCGCCAACUCCGUGUUGAACGAGGAACGCAUCAUUGCGCGCCUUCGCGGUGUGGAGAAGGUCGGCGUCGAAAUGAUGUUACAUUUGGGUGGGGAAUAUGAGCGGGAUCCGCAUAAGCCAGGUGGGUUGAAUAGAAGGGUGGUGGUCGAUGAGGAGAGGCACUGUGCUGUGUGCCACAAGCGUUUUGGUGGAAGCGCUAUCCGAGUAUGGCCGGAUGGAAGUGUGGUACACUCGGGGUGUAUGAGGGGCAGUGUUGGAAAGGGUGGGAGUGUUGAGAGACCGCGGGCUUGGUAG